AUUUUUCCCCCUUGACAUUUCUUUGCCGAAGGCCGGCGUUGGAUGGUAUCAGUAUGACAUUGCUGAAAUUAUGAAAGGCCCUUCUGCACUGAUUUAGAUGGUGAUGGAACUGACGUACUCAUGAUUGGCUUUAAGAUAGCAAUUGAUUACAGGGUAAUCAGCAAUUUUCCCAUUCUGCUCCACAUAAAGCUGGGUACUCCCACAAGUCUUUUCUUUUACUAAUGUCCUCAUGCAGGUAGUACUGGAGCUUGGACCAAUACAUAUAUAGAGGUCCUCAAAAGAACUCCUGUCUGUAAACGUUCAGACACUCAAAAUGAUUUUGCUUCCAUGCUAUCUGCAGGUUGAUGUUUAGACUGCAGACAUGGGAAAUCCAUGUGAAACUUUGGGUAAAUAAGACAUUCUAUCUGCUGGGAUCAGUGAUGAUGGUGUUCUAUCGCCGUGUCAGAAUUAUUCAUCAGUCGCUGUCGACCACGAAGUGGGCAUAGCUGCAUGUUGUUAUGCUUGUUUAAUAUAAGCUAACAUUAGUAAAUGAUAAUGCAAGUGAUUUAUCUGACAUGACAGUAUUUAAUUAUUUUUUGAUUUAUGAUGCACCUCGUUAUAUAUUUUGUGAACCUAAUAGACGCAAUCCUGUUCUCAGUUGAUGUACUCAUAUUUCUAACCUCGAAGCUGAGCAUCCGGGGGUAUUUGUUUGAGAAGGGUGUAUGGUAGAGGAGCCUCUCGCCUUCCAUCUCAUGUGGCAGAAAAAAAAAGGGAGGUCCCAUCGAUGUCAGCGAAUUAAAAUCGUGAUUGCAUUCACUCGUUUAUGUCCGCGUCACCCAUAACUAGUGCUUCCCAGGCGAUGCAACAUGAAGCAAUUAUACUUCUUCAAUUAUAUUUUUAUUAAGAGAGAUUAUUACGUACAUAUCCGUAUAUAUAUAUAUAUACAUGAUCUCAUAAUUUGUCGUUGAAAAAGGUUCAUAGUAAGAAUUUUUCCAACAAAGCUUCUCCACCACCAAUUAUUUAACGAUUUUUACUCCACGGUGCAGGAUACGGCAGCCGGAUCCAAACGGCAAGAUCCAACAAGCACAAUAUUGUAUGUCAGACUGCCUUGCAUUUGACAAGCUCCCCGCAUUGGAGACCCCGCAGGCCUCCUCGAUCAAGCUGUUCGUUUUGUCUGCUUCUCAUAAGACAGCCAUUCUCGGAAGCUUACCGCGUUACAAUGCUUUGGUGCCGUCUUCCGCAACUCGAAAAAGGCCAAGGCGUCGGGACAACUCUCUCUCUCUCUCUCUCCGUCUACAUAUGCAUACAUAUAGAUAUAUAUAUACAUGGCUCCGCCUUGUGGCAUUUCCAUCCUCAUAACCCCACUGGAAUAAGCCUAGGCUCCUCGGACCACAACCAAAGAGCUCUCAAAUGGCUCGGAAACAAAUGCUGGCUGUCCUUGUAGUAGCUGCGGUUUCCAUGGCCACCCUUCCGGCAAUGGCUCGAGCCACCGAAUAUGUGGUAGGAGAUGACCAGGGGUGGGACCUUGGCGUGAACUAUACCGACUGGGUUCAGAGCAAGAUGUUCGUAGUCGGCGACUCGCUAGUCUUUAGGUACUCGCCUGACAAUCACAACGUUCUCGGAGUCACUGGCCCAGCUUUCCGGGCAUGCAAUAAGACAUCACCACUAAAGACUCUACAAUCUGGUAAUGAUACAAUCCCGCUCUCGAGUCCAGGGAGGAGAUGGUACAUCUGCGGAAAGGCCAACCACUGUGAAUCCGGCCAGAAGUUUGUCAUCACCGUCCUUUCAAGCUUGCAGCCUCCCGCCACACCCCCCGCGCCCACACCCCCCGCGCCAGCCUCCGCGCCCACACCCCCCGCGCCCACACCUCCAGUUCCCGGUUCCUCCAACAAGAUUAUCAUACCAGAGUACCAGAGUUUAAUGGUGGCGACUGUGGCAGUGCUGAUGACCUUCAUUAUUUAAAUGAUGGAUUGUUUUAAUUCAUCAGGUGUCCUUGAGAUUUUAUUAUGUACGCGCAUUUGAAUUUGCUUUAUGCCAUCAUCGUAUGUGCUGUCA